AUGAGCCAGGAAGGAUUUUCGUUGAAAUUCCGCCGUCCGUCCAGCAAACUGCACAAGGAGGCCCCUAGCUUCAGCUCGCGCAUUCUUCGAGGUCAUCAAAGCACCACCUCGCUCAAACGUCAUCCCUCCGCCCCCGUCUACCCGCGCUCCUCGCCCAGCGGCAGUCGCGAGCACGUCCGCUCGCGCUCCAACGCCUCCGCCGCCUUUGGCUCCUCAUCUUCCUCCCUCGAUCACAGUGGCGGUCCGUCCCCCGUGCAGGACGAGGGGUCUUUCUUCUCCGGCUACAGCUCCUCGCGCUCCCGUACUCGCUCCAAUCGAUUCUCCUACGACCAACACAGCUCGGAUGAAUUAAACGCCCCCUUCGAGACGCGGGGCAUGCUCAGCGCGCUGGAUGAGAACAGCGCCGAGAACGACCUCCAGCCGCAAGAAGCCCCGGCCUUGCGCUCGCACCACACCAGCCCCGACCCGCGUGGUCGCCAAACGCUACGCCAAUCCGCCAGCUUCACGGCGCUCCCUAACAGGAUGGAUCCCUUUGCGCAUCGCGAGACCGAACGGCCUCCCCACGCCAAGCGGUACUCCGACGAGGGCAAUGUCAACAAGGGCCCAACUCCGACGCAAACCAAACGGCAGAGCAAGAAAGCCAGUUUCUCGAGUUUCGUCAACAGCAUGCUCGGCUCCCCUCGCAACGUCAAGAUUUCCGCCCCGGAGAACCCGGUCCAUGUCACCCAUGUUGGCUACGACAACCAGACCGGGCAGUUUACCGGUUUGCCCAAGGAGUGGCAGCGCCUGCUCCAGGAGAACGGAAUCUCGAAGAAGGAACAGGAGGAGCACCCGCAGACCAUGAUGGACAUCAUGCGAUUCUACGAAAAGAACACCCGUGGCGAUGACGACGAGGUCUGGCAUAAAUUCGAUAACGCCUACAGUGGAAACACCAGCAACAACAACGGUCGCAGCACCUCGCCUCCCGGCAGCCCACGGUUCCCUCAGAAUCACGAGGGCAGUUUUGAGAAUCCCCGAUCGCCGCCGCCCAUCCCGCGAGGUGCGCCUGCGGUAGCACCAGCUCCUCAGGUGCCCGCCAUGUCCCCGCCGUUGGGUGGUCUGGUGCCACACCGCGCUCCCCCGAAGCCGCCGACGAGCAUGACCCCAGCCCGUCCGCCGCCGCAAGCGCCCAUGUCUCAACAGUAUGGUGGUGCUCCGCAGAGGCCAGUGCAGGACCCUUAUAGCCAUCCCUACGGUACCCCGCCCAUCCCCGAAUCCGAACCUCUGCCCUCUUCGUCUCCCCAGCUCAGUCGCUCCAGCUCUCGCAAUGGCGCAUCUGUGCCCAAGGCGCCCGGCAUCAUUUCCAACCCCACUCAAUACCAGCAACAGCAGGAACAAGUCAUGGCGGCUGCGCAGCAAGCGAUCGCCUCCAAGCAAUUGGAUCGGGGCACCAGCCAGCGCCAACCCCCACCGUUGGCAACAAAUGUCAGCCCGUCGACUGCGGAUCCGCUUUCGGCUGGUGCAUCGCCAUCGACACGCGCUCCUCCGGCAGCGCGACCCCGGCAGCGCCAACGCCAAAGCAACAUCACAGAUGUUCGUACCCGUUUGUUGUCCAUUUGCCAUCCUGGUGACCCUACCCAGAUCUACUACAACCUCAACAAAAUCGGCCAAGGCGCUUCUGGUGGCGUUUUCACGGCGUAUGAGGCCGGAACAAACAACUGUGUCGCCAUCAAGCAAAUGAAUCUGGACCUUCAGCCUAAAAAGGACCUGAUUAUCAACGAGAUCCUUGUCAUGAAGGACAGCAAGCACAAGAAUAUCGUCAAUUUCUUGGAGAGCUACCUUCAUGGAAUCGAUCUUUGGGUUGUAAUGGAGUAUAUGGAAGGCGGUAGUCUUACAGAUGUGGUCACUUUCAACAUCAUGAGCGAAGGCCAAAUUGCCGCCGUUUGUCGGGAGACUCUCAACGGCUUGCAACAUCUCCACUCGAAGGGUGUUAUUCACCGAGAUAUCAAGUCCGACAACAUUCUUCUCUCGAUGGAAGGCAACAUCAAGCUGACCGACUUUGGUUUCUGUGCGCAAAUCAAUGAUUCGCACAACAAGCGGAACACCAUGGUUGGGACGCCGUACUGGAUGGCACCCGAAGUGGUUACUCGGAAGGAUUAUGGACGCAAGGUCGACAUUUGGAGUUUGGGUAUCAUGGCCAUCGAGAUGAUCGAGGGCGAGCCGCCGUAUCUCACCGAGUCGCCGCUGCGGGCUCUGUAUCUGAUUGCCACGAACGGCACCCCUACGAUCAAGGAUGAGCAUAACCUCUCACACAUCUUCCGUGAUUUCCUGCAACUAGCCCUCAAGGUCGACCCAGAGAAGCGAGCUUCCGCUCAUGAUCUGCUGAAGCACCCCUUUAUGUCUCUCUGCUCACCACUUACCCACCUUGCACCCCUCGUCAAGGCUGCUCGGAUCAGCCGUGCCCAAGAAAAGGCGCAGAAGGGCGGAGCCUAA